AACAAUUAUAUCAAACUCCUGUAUCUUCUCCUCCUAUUACUCCACCUUUAUUACCUUCAAAUAAUAAUAAUAUGGCAUUACAAGCACAAGAUAUUAAUAAUUUAAUUAAUGCUAUUCAAGCACUAGAUAACCAGAUUCAAAAUCAAACAAAUGCUGUUGCUAAUAAUACUAAUCGUCUUGGACAAAGAGAAACUAAACUUAUCAAAAUUAUACCUUUUGCUGGUGGUAACCAAGAUCCAGUCACUUGGAUUGAGAAAUUUGAACAUAUAGCUGUAGCUAACAACUUUACUGAUACAAGAAGACUACAAAUUAUCCCUGCCUAUCUUAAAAAUGAAGCAGCAAUUUGGUAUACUAACGCCAAUCAACAACAAGCUUUUGGAUACUAG